UUCCCUUCAAAAAGCGCGCCGCCGCAUCCCAGCACGGUCCGUUCGGUGGAGGAAAGAGAGAGGCGGGGGUUCUCGGAUGAAGUUCGGGCGGUGAGGGGAGGUUUGCUUUGCGGGGAGGUGGCCCGUCGACCACACCUGGUCCCUUCAGUGUAUACUGUGACAGCGCAAAGGGCAGCAUCACGAGCGGGCCCUCUAUGUCGUGCGGCCGCGUGACGACGUGACGAGGGAUGCCUGCCAGCCACUGGGUCCUUGCCGGGAUAUUGACACUCGCCGUCCCUCUGUGGCUGGCCGACGGCGCCUGGGCAAAGCUUAGCCAAAGUGACAACCAGGAGCAGCAGUCCAAGGCGGAGCAACGCCACCGACCCUGGCAGCGGCGCGGGACAACGGCAUCGCCGGCGCGCGGGUUGGGCGCCCUGCCGGAGUGUGCGGCGCAACAGGUGUGUUCGGCGCUGUACGUGCGCGUGAACCGGACCCAGCCCCUGUGCGCCUGCCCGGCAGCCUUCGCCGAGCCCUGCUCGGACUCGGCCGAGCUCGACGAGCACACCAUCAAACUCGUCUCCGACAAGCAGGGCACCUUCAACCUCAUCAAGGUAUGCGAGCCGGUGCUGUCGGUGCGGCGUUGCCAGGAGCCCCGCGACUGGCAGCUGCUGGCGCUGCAGAGCACCCGCACGGGCCGCGCCCACUACCUGCUCGUGUGCCGAUGCCCCACGGGGUCGCGCCUGCUGGGGCCCGUGCGACACACCACGCCGCCGUACGCCAACAUACCAGGCAUCCGCGUCUACGGCAUGCUGUGCGCUCAGGGGCCCGCCACGUCCUCGCUGCCGCCUAGGGACAGCAGAAACUUCCAGAAGGGUUACUACCCGGAGGCCCCCUGGCCUAGGAUCCUCGAAAUGAUCAAGAAAUCCGGCCUCCAUUACAAGCUCUGACGUGUAGAUGUAACGACAACUGCAAACAACGUGAACGCAACGAGGCAGCAGCGGCACAUAACUUCGACGGCAGCGAAAUGCAACAGGCAACGCACCCACUCGGACCUAAUCGUUACGCGACGGGCACGGACGCCAGUGACGUGCGGUCACAGCGCGUGCUGCUGGCGCCCUCUCAUCGGCGACUCGCGGAUAACUUCACAAACGAGAACAUUCUUCCAUCCGCGACAUCGUGCGUUGACAAUGGGAUAACGAGGGAACACUGAAAGUCAGCAGCGACGUGGACACUUCAAAUUUAGGUGUCACAUCCCGCAGCUCCGUGGCGGCCAUUUUCUGGCUGCACUCGGCGCUCAGUUUCACAUGCCCUGUUUCGCCACAUUGCAUUCGGCAAAACAACAUAAGAGGGCCACUAUGCUUGGCGCAACAAUCUAUACAUUCUAUAGAAACACGAAUGAUUAUAACAGAAAAUCAGUGAGCACGCAACGCGCACGUCGCCAUGAAAAAACUUCGAAAACAUUCAAGAGGCGCGCCAAUCGAAAACACAAACGCAACGGCAAGCUGGCUUCACCGCACAUAUACUCUUUAUGCAGCGAAGCCACCUUGUCGACAAACUGGAGGAAGGACGCGAAAUUUGCCUAGAAGAAAAGCGCAUGAAAGAAACGCCUCCGUUCUUUCUUUGCUGUUCCUUGUUUUAUUUCCAUGUUGAGUUACCAUUCCUUAGUUUUUUCUCUGAAAUGCGCGUUUGCAGUCGAGAGACGAGACACUACAUUUUAACGCAUGAAUACGUCAUCCAUAAAAGUUCUUUUCUCUCACACCUAAACAUCGAAGCGCUAAAUUGAAAAGCACCAGUGUCAUUGUUUCACCAGGAACAUGGAGAAACCACCCUGUCGGUUUUUCAGACGAACACUGCAAGAUGUUUUAUGUUGCUUACAUAAGGUGCGCCUGUUGGCAUUGCCAUAACAGCAGUAGGAUGCUGCGGACAUAUUUCGCAACAUACACUCCAUCUCACAAGAUGGUUUUACAUGCAGUUUUUACAUGCAGGCCAGUGCCACUUACAUAUUGUUCCUAGGCCUUUGAGCCUACACACAUCACAUCUAGCAGUUGCACAUGGAAUUAACUUUUACAUUAAAGUCAGCUGACCAUAUCACUUCUUUUCAUAAAUUUGGUGUUUUGCAUGUCCUCAAAAUCACAAGGCACCAAUAGUGUUUGUUAUACUGAAUAUCCUUUUUCAUAGAGUUGUAAGCAGAAGCAAGAUAUCUCUGCAAAAAAAGUAGGCCAAUGUAAAAAAAAAAAUGUUUAAAGUCGCAUUAUAUGUUAAAAAGUGUGGCUAAUGUGAAUAACUUAUACGAAGGUCUCUGCUUGUAUGUUGCAAAAUCCCAGCUACUGUUGCAUCAUCAUUUUAUCACCAGUAGCUUGUUGCUUUAUGCGGUAGCUGGAACUCUAAUGUUAUCUGUUUAUAAUAAGAGCUGUUUACUAUAACAAUAGAACCUACAAGGCAAUCUUUGAACAUAAACAGUUGCUGUAACCAAUGAACAAUCCCCUGUAAGAGGAUUAUUCACAGCUGCUGCUAAGCAAUGAUAAAUGACAUCUACAAACCGCAUAUCAUUGAAUUCACUGUCCAAGUGCAUGUUAUCAAGCUGAAAAAAAAAAGAUGCCACAAAAUGUAUUUAACGAAUUAAAGCAAUUUGAAUAACCAAAUUUAGUCACCCUGACCCAUUCCAGCUUUCUGUAAUCAUAAGUUUUGAUUUGAAUUGCAUCAGUGGUCAAUUAUGUAGUUCAACUGAUGGUAAUUUUGCAGUGAGCAAAUUUGGUGUUUGCGUCUCCAGUUAUUUUCUGAAUUCUAAGAAAUUUCUUUCAGACAACUCAAGUGGGUAUUUCAUUACAAUAAGUAAGAAUUCUGACAUUGUUUUAGUUUUAUUGGUGCACAUCAUUUUUAAGGGAGUGCAGAAAGUGACAAAUGCUGUCAUUACUCAUCUUUAGGUAGGCAUAUUUGCUGAAAGGUGUUAGAAGCUUCAAUAUUUAAACGUUCGACUGUGAAAUGCCAAUAUGUGUGUUUGAUGUACAGCUUUAUUUAUGCACUGAAUGCUCAAUAAAGUGUUCCUUCAUUGUCUCUGA